AUGAGCACGAUGCACCACGUUGCUUUUCAGAAGAAGGCAACACAGGCACAUUGCUUUAAUUAUGCAACAUCCUCAUUCAGCCCAGCCCAAUCUUCUAAGUCCAAUUCCCUCGCCAUAGCUGACCUGCUUCAACAUGAUCCCGCUCUACAUCAACUAUCUCUCUCUCAUGAAAAGUCUCCAAGUUUAAAAGAGCACUAUACACAAUCAUCAAUAAAUAGUGUGCCGCUCACAAGUUGUGUAGACAGUUUUCACUCUAAUCUAAGCUCUGUGUCUACCGUUCAAAACGCAACAACCACUAAAUACACAGACUCUUUUGAAAACAAAGAGCUUUCAGGUCCAAGUUUAAAUUCAAUGGAUGACCCUGACGUGCGGCUUGCGGCUGAAGCUCUAGAAGACUUGAGAGCAGACUUCAUAGGAUCUCCAGCACAAAAAAAUAGAACGCCAUCUCUACUUCUACCAAAAAUAGCGGCUCAAAAUAAUCAUCAACCCGAACCCUUGCUGUCUCUUCUGACAACUUCUCAUCCCUUUAUCAGGAACGCUAUCGGUGGAUCUAUAUCAGCUUACUCCGCAUCCAAGAAUUAUAGCCCCAGAAUUAAAUCAAGCGUUGAAUAUGUCGAGAGAAGAUUUACACCUGUCGUUAAUACUGUCGGCUCAGUCGGACGUUUAACAGGGGUUGAAGACGGAGUACGCUGGAUACUUGGAGCUAGAAAAGAAGGCUACGAGCUCCCUGCAAUUGUCGAGAAAGAUGAUGAAAGCCCGUACAAGCGUAGGAAACUACACGAAGAAGUAGGAAGCGGUACAAAUUCUAGGCGUGAUUUAGAUUCUAAUCACAGGCAAGAUAACAAACUCUGGCGCGAGUCAAAAAAAAGCUCAAAUAUUGAAACAUCACCUACACCCUGUGAACUACAAAGUCCUGGACAUGGAGUGCGUCAAUCUUCAGUGACUGAUGAUUCGCAAAAAAUUUCUAGUACAACUGAAAACUCGUGGCCGACAAGAUUAGCAUUAUCUACAAGUGGUCUAAGUGUCGCAAUGAGUGAGGAAUCACUUCGUAGCUUGAAAUAUUGUUUGAGUUGGUUAAGAUGGGCUAACGAACAUAUCGGGAAGAUGGUUUUGGCGUUAAAAUCGGCAUUAGAGCAGUAUGACGGGAAAAAGGAUUCAGAUAUUUCACGACACAAGGCUGAGGGAAGCUUGGGCAGUAAUUUUGAUGCUGAGCGUCGCGUCCUGUGCGGCACAAUAACGGAACUUAAAAACGAUGUUCUAAAAACGCUAAAAGAGAUGGUUGACAUAGUGUCUAAAUACGCCGGUGGCGCAUUACCCGAGAAUGCGCGGACACUUGUGCGUCGUCAUCUGACAAGUUUGCCACAAAGGUUCCGUAUGGCGAGCAAUAAGCCUUCGGAAGGAAUCAAGAAUGAUCAUAACUCAGAAAACAAUUGUGUUGAUGGCGGGCGACGGGUAUUGGUUUUAGCGAAAGAGGGCUUGGAUAUGAUGGGACAGGUAUCGGGGGUUCUCGGUGGUACAAUAAUGAGUGCUGAAAAUUGGUGUGAGCGCUUUGGUCGCUCUAAAAGCGAAAUUCGAGAGAGUGGACCUAAUGAAUCACUCAAGGACCAUGCUUAA